AAAUUUCCGGAUAAUGAUCUUUUAUCCGCGCUGACGUGUCCAUGACCACAAGGGCUUAGCAUUAACAUUUGCCAACUUUGUGUAACAUGUUCUAUAUUAUGCCUCAUGGCAAUCCUAUCACACCAUGAUUGCUUGCAUCUGAGUCCCUUGAACAAGGAACCAGUGAUCAUCAUACACACAAGUUAAUAUGGCCAUCAAAGAGGAUGUGGAAUAUGGUGUGGAGAAAGGAAUCAGAGAGCCAUUGGUGAAGGAUCAGAACAAGCUGCUGAACCAUGCAAGAAAAGGGCAUCCAUGGAUUGUUUAUUUCACCACAUUUGUUGCAGUCUGUGGUUCUUAUGAAUUUGGGGCUGGUAUUGGAUACUCGUCUCCUACUCAAGAUGCUAUCAGGAAGGAUCUCAAUCUGUCUUUGGCAGAGUACUCCUUGUUUGGCUCCAUCGUGACAUUUGGAGCAAUGAUCGGCGCAAUCACAAGCGGGCUUAUUGCUGAUUUUAUUGGACGAAAAGGCGCAAUGAGAGUAUCAAGUGCUUUCUGUGUUGCAGGAUGGCUUGUUAUUUACUUUUCUCAGGGCCCAGUGCUUUUGGAUAUUGGGAGGGUAGCAACAGGAUAUGGAAUGGGAGUUUUUUCAUAUGUGGUUCCUGUCUUCAUAGCCGAAAUCGCACCAAAAGAACUCCGUGGGGCACUGACUACCUUAAAUCAGUUCAUGCUCGUUUCUGCCAUGUCUGUGUCAUUCGUAAUUGGAAAUGUACUUUCAUGGAGGGCUUUAGCAUUAACCGGCCUGAUUCCCACUGCUGUAUUGCUUUUGGGUCUUUUUUUCAUUCCAGAGUCCCCUAGAUGGCUGGCAAAGAGAGGAUGCAGAGAAGAUUUUGAGGCAGCACUGCAGAUACUUCGCGGCAAAGAUGCUGACAUAUCUCAAGAGGCGGAAGAAAUUCAGGAUUAUAUAAAAACUUUAGAACGGCUCCCAAAACCCAAGCUUCUGGAUUUGUUUCAGAGAAGAAAUUUGCGGUCACUCACUAUUGUAGUGGGACUUAUGAUCUGCCAGCAAUUAGGAGGAAUCAAUGGAGUUUGCUUUUAUGCUCGAAGUACUUUUGAGCUAGCAGGUUUUUCUACCACUAUUGGGACUAUAAUAUAUGCUUGCCUUCAGAUUGUGAUCACUGGUGUAGGAGCAGCCUUGAUAGAUAAAGCUGGCAGGAAACCGCUACUACUGUUUGCUGGAUUCGGAUUGGUUGCAGGAUCUAUACUUACUGCAGUUGCGUUCUAUCUCAAGGUUCAGGAAGUUAGUGUGGGAGCAGUUCCGGCACUUGCUGUAACUGGCAUAAUGGUCUAUGUAGGAUCAUUUUCAAUAGGAAUGGGAGCAAUUCCAUGGGUUAUGAUGUCUGAGAUAUUCCCUGUGAAUAUUAAAGGGCAGGCUGGAAGCUUAGCCACUUUACUGAACUGGUUUGGUGCAUGGCUAUGCUCCUACACUUUCAACUUUCUCAUGAGCUGGAGCUCCUAUGGUACCUUCAUUCUUUAUGCUGCAAUCAAUGCAAUAGCUAUACUAUUUAUAGUUGUAGUGGUGCCAGAAACCAAGGGUAAGAGCCUGGAACAAAUACAAGCAGCCAUUAAUAAGUAGGAAGCAGAGUUUAGCAGUUUGCACUGUGUGAUGGGAAAGAAAAAAAGAAGCAUGUUGAUGAUUGAAUUUUUGUAUUAUUAUUUUUUUCUUAAGACAUUAAUCAAUUGAUUAGGAUGUAUAUUUUAGUCAUAAUAUCAAUUAUGUGAAUUAUUUAUUCCUCAAACUCAGUUUUUAUCUUUUUAUG